CGCUGUGCCGUCGUGUAUAUUCUUGGAUUUUAUUAAACCCGGAUACUGAGAUGCGUGACGGAACUAUGCUGCUGUGCUGAUGUGAUGUGAUGCUGCAGCGACUUUGAUCUUAAAAGUGGCAGAGAUAUGGGUGAUCGGAAGAGGAAGCUGGAUGUCUUCACGGGGGAAAAUGGCGCUCAGCAGAAUGGAAACGGCCUGAUCAAUCCUUUCACGGGGCGUCCCUACAGUCAACAAUACUUGAACAUUUUGCAGAAACGGAAGGGGUUGCCUGUAUGGCAAGCACGGGAAGACUUCGUGGACAUGAUCCACAAGAACCAGACAACCAUUCUGGUUGGAGAGACGGGCUCUGGAAAGACCACGCAGAUUGCACAGUUUAUCAUGGAGGCUGGCUACACACAACAGACUGGCAAGCUGAUAGCCUGCACACAGCCGCGCAGGGUGGCGGCCAUGUCUGUGGCGCGGCGUGUGGCUGAUGAAGUGGAUGUGAAUCUGGGUGAGGAGGUUGGGUACUCCAUCCGUUUUGAGGAGUGCUCAGGGCCAAGGACGAAGAUCAAGUUCAUGACAGAUGGUAUGCUGCUGCGAGAGGCCAUGAGCGAUCCCUUGCUGGAGCGCUACAGUGUCGUCAUUCUUGAUGAGGCCCACGAGCGGACGCUUGCCACAGAUGUGCUCUUUGGGCUGAUCAAGGAGGUGCUGAAGCAGCGCAAGGAUCUGAAGCUUGUGGUCAUGAGUGCAACGCUGGAAGCAGAGAAGUUCCAGGGCUACUUCCUGGAUGCACCUCUGAUGAAGGUCCCCGGGCGGCUGCACCCUGUGGAGAUCUUCUACACACAGGAACCAGAGAGGGACUAUCUUGAAGCGGCUAUCAGGACUGUGGUGCAAAUACAUGUGUGCGAGCCGCCUGGCGACAUCCUGGUGUUCCUGACGGGUGAGGAGGAGAUCGAGGAUGCCUGCAAGAAGAUUGCCAGGGAGAUCACCCAGAUGGGAGACCAGGUGGGGCCCAUCAAGGUGUUCCCGCUGUACUCGACGCUGCCGCCCAAGCAGCAGCAGAUGAUCUUUGAUCCGGCGCCACCGCCAGCGCGGCCGGGGGGCCCGCAGGGACGCAAGAUUGUGGUGUCGACCAAUAUUGCGGAGACGUCGCUGACCAUCGACGGCAUCGUGUAUGUAAUCGACCCCGGCUUUGCCAAGCAGAAGGUGUACAACCCGCGCAUCCGCGUCGAGUCCCUGCUCGUCUCGCCCAUCUCCCGGGCGAGCGCACAUCAGCGUGCGGGCAGAGCCGGGCGAACGCAGCCGGGCAAGUGCUUCCGGCUGUACACAGAGGCCUCCUUCAAGUCCGACCUGCAGGAGCAGACCUACCCGGAGAUCCUGCGCUCCAACCUGGGUUCUGUGGUGCUGCAGCUCAAGAAGCUGGGCAUCGAUGACCUGGUGCACUUUGAUUUCAUGGACCCCCCGGCCCCGGAGACGCUGAUGCGAGCGUUGGAGCUCCUCAACUACCUGGGCGGCCUGGACGACAAUGGCAAUCUGACAGAGGUCGGCACGAUCAUGGCGGAGUACCCACUGGACCCCCAGCUGGCGAAGAUGGUGGUCGCCUCCCCAGAGUUCAGCUGCUCCAACGAGAUCCUGUCCAUCGCGGCCAUGCUGUCGGUGCCCAAUGUGUUCCUGCGGCCGCGUGAGGCGGCCAAGGCGGCCGACGAAGCCAAAGCGCGCUUUGCCCACAUCGACGGGGAUCACCUGACGCUGCUGAACGUAUACCACGCAUACAAGCAGAAUGGAGAGGCGCACGACUGGUGCUACGACCACUUCCUUAACUCGCGCGCCCUGAAGGCGGCUGACAGUGUGCGCGGUCAGCUGGUGCGGAUAGCAACCAGGCUGGGCACGCCGCUGGUGAGCGCAGACUUCAAGUCACGCGAUUACUACCCCAACAUCCGCAAGGCCAUCACGGCCGGCUACUUCAUGCAGGUGGCGCACCUCGAGAGGACGGGGCACUACCUGACGGUGAAGGACAAUCAGAUGGUGCACCUGCACCCCUCCACCUGCCUGGACCACAAGCCCGAGUGGGCGCUGUACCAGGAGUUUGUGCUGACCUCACGCAACUACAUCCGCACAGUGACAGACAUCAAGGGCGAGUGGCUGGUGGACAUCGCUCCCCACUACUACGACCUGCAGAACUACCCCCCUGGCGAGGCCCGGCGGUCUCUGGAGCGGCUGUUUGCCAAGCGGGAGAAGGAGCGCAGAUGAGAUGUAUAAAUCUUGUUGCAGCCCUUGCUGUGGUGUGUAGUGUUGAGGCAUGCCGUCAAUGUGCUCAAGGUCAAUAUAUAUGCCAAGCAAGCAAUUGAAUAAUGGAUACUUGUAUUUUUUGAGAAGAAGAAGAAGAAGAAGGAGGAAGAGGAGACGACAGUUGAGAAGGAAGUAGAACUGGUAGCUGCGAGAAGCUACAGGAUUAACCUCACCGCCUCAUGUGCUGGGUAAAAACCUGUAUCUGCGGCUUC